UCUCAUUACUUGUUCCUUUUCAAUAUCCUACGUACUGCCCUUCCACUCCCCCUCCCUCUCCCUCUCCCUCUCAAAUCACUACACAAAUUCCUCCUCCUCCUCCUCCUCCUCCUCCUUCUUCUGAAUUAUUAUAGGUGAUUAGUAGCUAGAUUAAUUAGAAGUCUUCGUUAACAUCAUUGAAGGUGGAUCAUCCACGGCAUGGAAAGAGGCCCCUUCCUCCUGAUCCUUAUGACCCUUCUCACCCUUCCGACCAGCCGAUCGAGAUUAAGGAAGAAGGAGCAGAAGGAGAAGGAGCACAAGAGCCACAGCGCAUGCACUGCAUCUCAUCCGCUUUUGCUGACUGGGAGACGUCGGCCAUCGUCUCCGCCCUCGCCCACGUCGUUAACUCCCCCUCGCCACCCUCAGCCUCAGCCUCGUCCUCCGACGUCGUCGCCGUCGCACCACACGAGCCCUCUCAAUCGCAGCAAGGCGGAGUUAGGAAGUAUGGUUACAGGGGCGUGAGGCAAAGGAGAUGGGGGAAAUGGGCGGCGGAGAUCAGGGACCCCCGCAAGGCGUGCCGCGUGUGGCUGGGCACUUUCGACACCGCCGAGGAGGCCGCCGCCGCCUACGACGCCGCCGCUCUCCGGUUCAAAGGCGCCAAAGCCAAGCUCAACUUCCCGGAGCGAGUCCAAGCGGCCCCGAUCAGCACUUCUCAUCAUCCUCAAGGCUUCUUGGUCGGUGGCAGCAGUGCCGUGGUGCACCCGCCGCCGGGACCGCCACCGCCUCUGCAGGCGGACGCGCGUCGAUACGCUCAACCCCUUCAGGGUGGCGGAGAUGAACUGGAAUUGAGCACUGCGGCGGUCAACCCCUCAGUGGAAUGUGGAAGCAGCAGCAGCGGCGGCGGCGGCAGCAGCUUGUUGUCUACGACAACCACUGGGUCGGCGUCAACUUCCCCGAGUCGAAUGCGGCCGGACAAAGACAAAGAUCACAUGCGGCGGCCACCGGCAAUGUGAAUGUUUACUUUGACUUCGAGCAGCCCUAUAAAGGAGAGAGAAUCAAUGCAGGUUUUGACUUUGACUUUGAAUGCCUCACUCGCUUUAAUUUACUUCUUGGAUUUAACACACUUCCUCUCUUGAGUUGAGUUGGUACUUAUACAU